UCAGUAAUCAGACGAAUUGCUUGUGCUUUUCGUAUAAGUGCUUUUCUUCAUAUGUCUGGUGUGGUUUUCGUAUAUAAGUGCUUUUCUUCAUGUAUCUGCUGGUGUUAUAAUAGAUUCGUUUCUUGAAUCCAUGCACUUUGUCUGCCAUUUGGUUACUAAAAUUUCCUCCCAAUUUGUACUCCUUAAUUUGGGAAUAUUGGUAAAUUGUUAUGGAUCAAGGCAUACGUGGAGACGGAAGAUGUUUGUUCCGGUCUGUGGUUCACGGCGCUUCUCUAAGGGCAGGGAAACCAUCUCCAAGUGACAACCUUCAGAGAGAACUUGCCGACGAGCUCAGAUCAAAGGUGGUCGAUGAAUUCAUCAGACGGAGGUCAGACACCGAAUGGUUUCUUGAAGAUGAUUUUGAAACGUACGUUGUACAGAUGCGACAGCCCCACAUUUGGGGAGGAGAACCUGAGUUGCUUAUGUCCUCACAUGUCCUACGGAUGCCGAUUACAGUUUAUAUGCGGGACAAGGAUUCCGGCGACCUCAAGAUCAUAGCCGAAUAUGGUCAAGAGUACGGUAAGGACAACCCUAUCCGCGUACUUUAUCAUGGUUAUGGACACUACGACGCACUGCCUGCUGCAACUACUGGUACACAGUCCAAGUUGUGCAAACAAAGAUAGCCAGAGAUGCGUGGUACUGUAGCCUGUAGUCAUUCAAAAUCUUGAACUGUAUUCCUGCUGUUAUGUUUAUAAGUAUUUGAUUCGAGAAAUGGGUACUUUCUCAUACAACAUCCUCGAAAUUUCA